UGUAUAGAAAAAAGACGGCACCGGAUUCGCUAAGCCUUGCAUGAAUAAAACGAGCUAUUUCGGGAUUAGAUUGUGUUUUGAGUGUUAAACAGCUUAACUUAGCUUAGCAUCCAAUACUGGGUGUAUAAAAUAAGAGACUGAUGCGGCUGAAAAGGUGUCUCUUAAAUCAAUUAAUGUUUUCUAUAGUACUAUGAUACUCGAAGAAUGAUGUCGGCUGACGGGUAUAAGACUUAUGAAUAAAUAUACAAAAGCAGUAAAAAAAUGGCAUUGACCGGUAAAGAUUAAUUUAAGCUAUCUGAAUGCCUUUAUUUCUGGCCUUUUAAAAUUGAUCUAGUAAAUCAUAUAAGGUGUGAAUGAAAAUAUCGUUUUGUUAUUUCUUACUAAGUUUACAAUGAACCAUCGCCUUUGUCAAUAAACAAUUAGCGGUUGUCGAUGGGUAACCUGCUCAAACAUUGGCUCAGAUUCCUACGUCGCGACUUACGGCAAGUAACAAGUUGUUCGACAGCAAACCGCGGCUUUCUCCCCACAAAGCUUCUGUAAAUUUAGGCAGGAUUUAGUCUUUAAGGAUGUAUGUAAGAUUACUCCCGACACCGAGUUUAAGGAUAAUUCCCCUGUAAAGAAUGCAGUCCCCUACAUUCGCACCCAGGCCGCCUCGGUCAGCUACCACGCGUGCGCACCGGGACCGAACAUUUCCCAGUCAGACGGCGAGCUCGAAUGACGACGAUAACGUCUCUCUGAACUCAAGCUUCUCAGGGAGUCUGCGCAAAAACAUGCCGCGCAUAUCCACGAGUGAGUUCGGCACUGUACGUGCCGCCACCAUGGGCGUGGCCAGGAUGAAGAACGAGCGAAAGAGUCGUAAUAAAUCCACAGCCGAUUUCCUCAACAACUCGUUAUCAGAUAGUCUCGCGCCUUCGGGCCGAACGGGUAGAAGAACGAGUAUUUACUCGCUGAGCGAGUUAGCGGGGGCGGGUGCCACCGUUAAGCGAAGGAAACGAAGUACUCUCGAUCAUUGGGGUCAGCGGACUGCCCCUGGAGUUACAAAGUACUUUGAUAAGAAUUUGCCACCGGUAGAGCUCUUACGGCGCUGCAUUCGAUUGGUGCAAAUGUUUGCUUCUCUCUGUCAAUACAAGUUCGAAAAGGAGACGGAAGAAUCGGACGUCGCACACACGGUCUUCACUCAGUACAUCAACGACGACGAAGACAAACCCAUGGACGGUGGACUCGCAUUCGAUGCAUCUUUCUACAAGGCUAACCGUAAGAUGCGGGUUUCCGCCGAGGUGAAGAAUAUCUUGCAAUCUCCCCAAGAACAGCGCACAGAACAGCAGUGCGCCAAAGUUUUGUUUUCGCUGCGUUCGAUUCGAGCGUUUGCCGAGUAUCCGCAGAGAAUCCAACACAAGCUUAUUAACGUGGGAUGGUAUGAAUCGCACUCGUCUAAGCGAGCAAUCUUGAGACAGGGUCAAAUUCCACAGGCUUUCUACUUCGUCCUCUCAGGCUCAGCCGUCGUGACGGUCUUGGGCGAGCAUGACGCUUUCGCGCGCACGGUUCACUUCUUACGAAGAGGAGACAGUUUUGGGGAACUAGCGAUUCUUCACGACACCCAACGACAGUCGACUGUCAUUUCCAGAGAACCGAUUGAGCUGCUGGUGAUCUCUCGUGAGGAUUUUAUCGACAUCUUUAUGCUUGCUGGCGGCAUCAAGAACAUCACUGAUCCUGACCAUCAAAUUUUUCUCCGAAGCCUCGAGUUCCUCAAAGGCUGGCCAAUUGAACUGCUAGCGACCAACCCGAAAAAGUGUCUCUUCCAUUUCUUUAGGAGCGGGUCUGUGCUUGUGAAAGACAGUAAUCAUACGGACUGGAUCUACAUCAUUAAAUGGGGAAGCUGCCAAGUAUUGAAAAAACUGAAAGAGGUGAAAAGUCGGUUGACAGAGCACAAAGAUCGAGUUGUGGGAUUCGACAACGUUCGCAGCCUCGUUCCCAAAGCGGACUCCCGCGCGAGACUGGAUCGAGUCAAGGCCAAGUUGUCGAUCGUGACGAAGUUGAUGCCAAAACUGAACCUGCGCCCGCUGACCGAGAACGUAAACGAAGAAGAAACUGAUGCGAAUAAUAAUAAUCGAGAUGAAGGUGUGGCUAUCGAGCAGGUCGCGGCAGCACAGGGAAUCCUCGCGACCUACAGACGACAGUCCAUGUCAGACGACGACUCCACCAGCUUGCCCGGUACUGAGAGCAGCAGCUCGUCGCCGAGGCCCGUGCGGAGGGUGUCGUCCCAUGAAGGGCCUCGCAGAGUCUCGGUGCCGGCAGAGGGUGGGGGGCCGGAAGGGGGGAGCAAAGCACUGGGCGUGACAGGAGGGGGAUCAGGUUCAAGAAGGCAGUCGCUGAAAAGGAGUGUAGCGUUCCAGACAGAUGAAGAAAGAGAGUCUCCUGAUGUUAUACCAUUAACGACAAGGAACCGACGGCAACGAAAGCUAGCGAGCCCCAAUGCACCUUUGCCCUCUCUGGCACCGGUCAAGUCACCUGACGUGUCACGUGGUAGCUCUGCCAGAUCACGUGAUAGCAGAAGCCCCUCCCCCGGACCGGCAUCUGAGUUUAUGAGACGUGUCCGCUCCAAAUCGAUUAGGAACAGCCCGCAAGUACUUAAAGCAAAGACGCAAGAAGAAGAAGAAGAAGAAUCAAGUUUACCGCAGCAGAAAAUAUCGGUGAUUGACGAGGGGGCACAGAAACAGGGUGAAGUCAGAGUCACUGCAGCUGAUCGAUAUCCAAUGUUUGUUCAAGUGUCUCUCCUCUCAAAAGGAGAUUCAUUUGGUGUGCAGUCCAUGCUGUUCGACGACCAACCAAGUCUUAGUCUGGUCAGUAAUGGCGCCGAGUGUAUCAUGAUCUCCAAGAAGUUCUACUUGUCACACUGCACGGAUGCCAUGAGAAGGAGGCUAUUGACAACGGAAACGCCCUAUCCAAACGAUGACGCACUUCAGCGCAGCUUACAGGAUAAGGUGAACUGGGACGCAUACAAAAAGAAGACAAUGAAGAGUGUUGUGAACAGUAUGCCAUACAUGAAGAGACGCUCGGAGGACUUGCAAGUUCAUCGCAAGUACAAAGGCAAAGACAUGGAGCUCAGUCAAGAACUAAGAGACAUGCUGAAAAAACUGCAAGAUGCUUCUUGCUAAAACUUCACACUAAAAAAUAUCAAGAGAACUCAAAACCAUGCUGAAAAAAAAAUAUGCUUGAUGUUAGAACUGCAAGACAAUGCUGAAAAAUAAUCGGAAACCCAAAGACAUGCUGAAAAACCAAAAGGAAGAGCACUAGGAUUAACUUUGUAGAAUGGACGACGGCUGAAUGUCGAUAGCAACGGUCGCCAUUGCAAUGUAGCAUGGGCCCUUUAGAUCUUAAUUUCAUUUACGAUAUAUUUCUCGGUAAAAGGUACUUUCGUGUAAAUAGUUUUAUAUUGAUUAACUACUGUACAUAAUAAGAAAAAUAUAGAAAUUAAGUAAUUAAUACAAUAAAAGAUGAAUUUAAAAA